UUCAAAUCCCUAGGGAAAAUAUACAAACAAACUGAGGGAGUCGCCAUGGGUUCACCAAUAUCCCCAAUUGUGGCAGCUGCUUUCAUGGAUGGGUGGGUAAACGCUCAGCCCCACCCCAAAAGUAUGAUGGAAAUAUGUAGACGACACAUUCACCAUACUUAGGACACAGAACAUAAACAGAUUUUCUUAACACAUCAACUCAAAGGUACAGACAAUUCAAUCUAUCCAUGAAUUGGAAAGUCAGGGAGAGAAGCUUCUAAUGUUAAACUGUAGCAGAAAAAGGGAAGCAAAUGCAAGGUUAAACGGUAGUGUUUACAGGAAAUCCAUACACAAACCGAUGUUUGGAUUCGCGAUCAUCCUACUCUAUGUCAGCAAAAGAUUGGUGAAAUGUUUCAGUAAUAGGGCACAAAAACUAAGUAGUAUCAAGGAAAAUCUAAGACAAGAAGUGAGGCAUGUAAGAGAAGCUUUGGAAUCUAAUAAUUGCCUUAAUAAAUUAAUCAGGAAGUAUGUAGGAAAAUAUAAAAAUGAAAUUAAUAACAGUAGUAACGAUAGUGAUAAUAAUAAUAAUAUUAAUGAUGACAUGCACGUCAAACAUGCCAGGAUAGUGAUAACACCAAUAAUAGGGAAUUUAAAUCAUCAAUAGUACUUCCAUACAAAGAAGGGAACCCCGGAGAACUUAAGGAGCAUUCUUAACAAUUCUGGCAGGAAU